AAAUCAUCAAGCAAUUUGGAUUCCAUCCAGAACAAACAAUCAAACAGCAGCAACUUUCUAAUAAAAAAUUUUUCUUUGAAUUUUAUAUUCAACAAACCAAACAAACAAAACAAAAAUGUUCAAAAUUUUAGUUGUCGCUGGUUUAUGUGCAUUGUCACAAGCCGUUCCAAAAUACGGUGGUAUUGCUGCUGGUUAUGGUGGCUAUGGUUUAGCCGGUGGUUAUGGUUUAGCCGGUGGUUAUGGUUUAGCCGCUGGUAAUGGUCUUGGUCUUGGUUUAGGAAGUGGUGCAUUGAUUGGUGGUGGUUUAGCUGGUCCAGCUUUAGUUGGUGGUGGUGCUUUGAUUGGUGGUGGUUUAGCCGGUCCAGCAUUGCUUGGUGGUGGUGCUUUGAUUGGUGGUGGUCUUGGUUUGGCUGCUGUUGGUGGUCCAAUUCAAGCUGCUGUACAAAGCCGUCAAUCCGUUCAAGUUUAUGAUGUUCCAUCAUCUGGUCCAGUUGCUCCAAUUAAUAUUGAUAUUGGUGCCAACACUGUUCCAGUUAACAUGAUGUUCCGAUCACGAUCAUCAGCUCUUAAUGUUCAACAAAUGCACGAAGGUCAAGCUGGUUCUUACCAAGAAACUGCUAGCCAAGAUGAACCACAUGUCUUGCGACACACCGUCAACAAACCAGUCAUCCAAGAAGUUCGUGAAGUCAUCUCACCAUUCCGACGAAUUACCCAAACUGUUCAACCAGUACAAGAAAGUAUUGAAACACUUGUUGCCCGAAAUGCUGGUGGUGCUCCAGCUGGUAAUGCUAUUGCUACCGUUGCCGCUCCAGUUGGUCGAGUUGGUUUAGUUGGUGGUCCAGUUGCUGCUGUUGCUGCUGGUCCAGCAUUGGCUGCCGGUCCAGUUGCAGUUGCUGCAGGUCCAGCUUUUGCUGCCGGUCCAGUUGCUGUUGGUGGUCCAGUUGCUGUUGGUGGUGCUGUUUUAGGUGGUGGUGCUGUUUUAGGUAACGGUCUUGUUGGUGGUGUUGGUCUUGGUCUUGGCCGUGCUGGUUAUGCCGGUUUCGGUUAUGGUGCCGGUUCAUAUGGUUUGGCCGGUUUAGGUGCUGGUAAAUUGUACAGCAAAUAUUAGAUUUUUUUUUUCAUAAAUAAUUGAAACAACAACAACAAAUAAUAAACACCAACAACAAAAUCAAAA